GACCUUUAGCACAUUUUACUCCAGUUUAUUAUUUGCAUCCUCAUGGACUGAAGAAAACUCAACAAAGCAUGCUUAAAGAAAAUUAAAAAACAAUUUGUGAGCUAUGGUUAAGUCAUAUAAAAUGAAAAUUGUGUUUUAGUUCUAUGCUUGACCAGAAAAAAAGGAGAUCCAACUCUCCGGAGAAAGAAAAGGGAAGAGGCGCUCCAGAUGUUUUUAGCUCCUCCUCUUGCUCCACUCUUUCUCAAAACAUUCCUGCAAAGUUAGUCCCUUUGCAUGAGGGCACACAUACUAACACACUUUUUUUUGUUUCGAGGCAAUCACCUCUGCUCUUCAAGAUGAGAGCUUUACAGCUCCUCGUCCUUCUUCUCUUUGGCCUGGUUGGGGCACAGCAGAAGGCGCUUAUGGACUACUUGGAAAGAAGACUCCUUGCCAUUGAGGACCGCAUCUCCUUGUGGCACGAGCAGACCAGCCGCUAUGCCUCUGAGCUGCGCGAGUUCAAGCAGCAGAUGGUGGCACAGUUAGAGGGCCUGGACAAGACCAAGGAGGCGCUGAGGACCGAGCUGGACACGGUGGGGACGCGUGUGGAUCGCGUGGAGAGAGAGAUGGACUACCUCGAAACCCAGAACGGUGCGCAGCCUUGUGUGGACGUUGAUGACAAGUUGGUGGAACAGCAGGUGACGGUUGUCAAGGAAAGGAACAAAGCAAAGUACUCCAAGCUCACAGAUUGUAGUGACAUGAUCUCCAGCAUCAAAGCCAUGAAGAUCCUCAAACGAGUGGGUGGCACCAAAGGAAUGUGGACGAAAGACAUGGGAGCCGCCACCGGCAAGGUGUACAUCUUAAACGGGACAGACGAUAACACCCUGUAUGAAUUCGGUUCAGUCCGUGACCUCACAUCCUCCCAGGGACUAUCAUCCGCCACGAGCAUCCAGCUCUCCUCCUCCUGGAGAGGUAUGGGCCAUGCGGUCUACAAACACCACCUGUACUACAUGAAGGAGGGCGAGGAAACAAGACUAAUAAAGUUUGAUCUACAGAAGAGCAUUGUUGUGGACAGUGCCGUCUUCCCGGCCAAAAAUCAGCUCCCCGUUUACAGCCUGAAUCCAGAGACCUACAUUGAUCUAGCGGUAGAUGAAGAAGGUCUGUGGGCCAUCUUCGCCACACAGGAGAACGAGAGGCACAUCUCUCUUGCCAAGGUAGACCCUAAAACGCUAGACAUUGAGCAGACGUGGGACACUCCUUGCGUAAGGGAGAACGCUGAGGUGGCGUUUGUGAUCUGUGGUACUGUCUACGUGGUGUAUAACUCCAAACUGCCCAGCCGUUCCAGAAUCCAGUGCGUCUUUGACGUCAGCGAUAUGGUCACUAAUGACGACGCUCCACAUGUGUACUUUCCAAAGCGAUAUGGCACUCAUUCCAGUCUUAAAUACAGUCCUGUGGAGCAGUUGCUGUAUGCAUGGGAUGAUGGAUAUCAGAUCCUUUACAAACUGCAAAUGAAAAAGAAACUGGAGGUGUAGAAUGAAUCCAGAAGAGGGCGGAGCUGCAGAGGACAUGGCCAUGUUAUUGGUUCAUUUUUACUUGGGCAAUCCAUCUUAAACAUAAUUCACACAUCAAAGCGUUUAAGUGUUAAAGGAAAGCACAUGUUUAGUUUAGUUAGGUUGCUUACUAGAAAUAAAUGUAAUGGGCUUGAAAAAUACUGUAUGUUUGCCAGGAGCAGAACUAUUAAAAUGAUUUUAUGUCUU